AUGCAUGACCGAACGUUGUCGGGCAGCGGUCAUCACCGCACCGCCGUCGCAACGUGGUCAUACCUGCUUCCUUCCCUUCGCCAAAAUGUUGAGCAGGCGGUGCCAGAUUCGUUGUACGAAAAACUGCUCGCUGACGAGAUACCACUGACGCCAGCGGAGUGUCGACAACUCGCGGACGCGCAACGCCUUCUCCGCUUUGAGCUGCAGCAACGCAUUGGGCUGCUCGAGGACAGCCUGGCAGACGCUGCACUUCCGUACUUCUUGCAGUGGCCCGCGCUCUUUCAGCGUGCGUGGCUGCGCUUGCCCAUGGGCCAAGGCUGCGCAUCGGUGACAGAAGCAACGCGCGAUGCCGUCGCUCCGGCGCCGCCAUCCUUCGUGCAUGCCCCGGCUGCUCUCCUCAUCACCGAGUGGGCGCCGACGUUGUCCCCUGCAUCGCCCCCCGCGUGCUCGAACGGGCUGGUCGGGCGUGGCGCUCUUGUCCCUCGUCUGGCACAACUCACCAGACACGUGAUAAGCUGCGUCGAGGAGGACCUGGACCGGCUCGAGCGUGACUCUGAGCCGCGAGAGGACGGGCUACCACGCAGUCGUCGUCAGGUUGCCCUUGAGACGGCGUGGCGAGCACAGUGGGCAGCCUUGCUCAGCUGGCACGGUGGCACGUCGUAG